GUCCCUGGCACAGCGAGGUGGUCUCUCUCUCUCUCUCUCUCUCUCUCUCCCUCUCCCUCUCUCUCUCUCCGUCUCUCCCUCCUGCAGCCAGCAGGCACCGUCCGCCGCCCUCCAGUCCAGCACCACAGGACUCGCUGAGGCCCUCGCCCCAAGGCCUGCAUCAGUCGCCACAGACGCACCCCGCCAACAGGGCCCCCGGAUUUAAAGUUCCAGGAUCUAACGCUUGAAAAAAGGGGGAAAAUGCAGAAUAUAACACCGGGAGCAGCAGAUGGGAUCGAUCUGAAGUGCGGCCUGUCUGGGAGCCAUGAGUUCAUCUUCACCAUGGUACCCGUCGUCUAUGGCUGUAACUUUGUCAUCGGCAUUGUGGGGAACAGCAUGGUGGUGGCUGUCAUUUACCGCUACAUGAAGCUCAAGACAGUGGCCAACGUUUUUGUGCUCAACCUUGCCAUUUCCGACCUCACCUUCCUCAUCACCCUGCCCAUGUGGGCGACCUUCACAGCCACAGGCUACCACUGGCCCUUUGGAGGAUUCCUGUGCAAGGCCAGUGCAGGCCUGGUGAUUUUCAACCUCUACACCAGCAUCUUCUUCCUCACCGCGCUCAGCGUUGACCGCUACCUGGCCAUUGUCCACCCAGUGAAGUCGCGGCGAUUUCGCACCGUGGCGUAUGCGCGCAUCACCUGCGUGCUCAUCUGGCUCUUCGCCUUCCUGCUGAGCGUGCCCACGGCGCUGACCCGGAACGUUCACAACAUAACAAACACCAACACCACGGUGUGCGGCAUCCUGCACCCAAAGGACGAAAACACCAUGAAGCACAAGGACCUACUGUUGGCCAUCAGCCUGAUGAAAAGCCUGCUGGGAUUCCUGGUGCCCUUCCUCAUCAUCAUCACCUGCUACUGCCUCAUUGGACGGGCACUGCUGGGCGCGAGGCUCAUCCAGAAGAGCGCCCGGUCCCGGGACGACGAAGUUCUGCGCAUGCUGGCGGCUGCUGUGCUGGCCUUCUUCCUGUGCUGGGUGCCCCAUCAGGUUUUCCACUUCAUGCAGGUGCUGACACAGCUGGGGGUGCUGGGGCACUGCGCCAUUCUUGAAAUCAUUGACACCGCCAUGCCCUUGACCAUCUGCAUCGCCUACUUCAACAGCUGCGUCAACCCCAUCCUCUAUGGCUUCGUGGGGCACAACUUUCGUAAGAACCUACUCCGCCUGUUGCGCUGCUCACCGGGCGGGGUGGCAGACACGCACCCUAGCAUUAGCUCCAAGAUGAGUGCUCUCUCCUACCGGGCCUCCGAGGCGCUGACCCUAACGGCCAAAAACAAGGCCUCCUCUGAUGUGAAGUGAAAGAGGGUGGAGGGAAGACAUGCAUUAUUCCCUACUCUUUUAGUUAUGUGGUACAAAAAGGGUUUAGGGGUGGAGACAUUCCAGUGCUCUUAGAGCCCCAACUGUAUUAACAAGGCACUGAAGCAUGCAGACAUGGCUGUAAUGUUGAAUGUUGUAUUCAUAUCCUAUUAUGAGUUAGCCCAAGAGAUAGUCACUACCUUGCCCACUGAUGAAGAGCUGUCAGAAUAAUUAUUUGUCAAGCGCUAAAACAUAUGUCUGUCACAAUCACAAUGGCAGAUGCAUUAUUCUAGGCCUUAACUGAACCAUGAGGAUGCCCGUCGGUAUAAAAAAAAGGAUUCUUUUCUGCAUUCAACAAAAUAAAAAUGGCAUAGUGUAUGAUUCAUAAGGAAGACCUAAACAUCUUUGCCGAUGACUGAACUUUUUAUAUACAUAAGAUAUGUGUAAGCACUGCAGGGGUUUGCCAUCUCAUUAUACGUCACGAACAGUAAUAUCCAUGUACAGUUGUUUUCAUGUCAAGUGGUAAAUAUUCUGUGUGUUUUCGCUGAUUGGGACGAUGAUUCAACAAAAACAAAAAAAGCUAAACCUUAAGCCCAUUAAAGAUCACAAGCUAGCUGCCUCGUGCUCCAGCAGCGAUAAACAGGUAACGAUCUGAAUGAUGUCUAAUAUAAAAUGCUGUCAGCGGAUAACCCCGUACUACUAUACUAUUGAUAGGUGGUGUUUGUGAGUUACAUGUGACAUUGUCAAAUUGUGUGUAUUUACAGAAUGAGAUUGAAAGGCGAGUGGCUGGGAAAGCAUACUGUAUAAAGUAAUGUAUGCAACACUACUACACUCCUGGUAGGGUGAAUAUUGUCAAUAUCUGUGGUGGUUGUCUGUGGUAUUUAAACAUGUCGAUGAUGCUGUUGUGUGAAUUUUUUUUCUAUUCUGUUGUACAGUUUUGUGAAUAUAUGGAAGUAUGAAUAAAGUGACAGAGAUUGCGCAA